AUGCUGGUUGUUAUUUGUAUGCUAGCAAAUGGUGGAGCAGCUGACCAGUACGACAAGUACCUACGGAUUGCAGAGUCUACUUCGUUGGAUUGCAUGCGCCGCUUCUGUGCGGUGGUCAUCCAAUGCUUCGGCACAGAGUACUUGAGGAGACCAACCCCUGCCGACUGCCAAAGGCUCAUGGCAAUGCACGAGGUGAAACACGACUUCCCAAGAAUGUUUGGAAGUCUUGAUUGCAUGCAUUGGGCGUGGAAGAAUUGUCCAGUGGCAUGGCACGAAGCAUACACUCGAGGUGAUCAGGAGGAGCCGACUAUAACCCUCGAAGCUGUCGUCUCCCAAGAUUUAUGGAUCUGGCACGCAUUCUUUGGGAUUCCUGGUGCAAACAACGACAUCAACGUGCUCAACUCUUCGACGUUAUUUCACGAUCAACUCGAAGAAAAGGCUCCACCGGUCACGUUUCAAGUCAACAACUCCUUCUAUCAGAAGGGAUACUACUUGACCGACUGUAUCUACUCCAAUUGGCCUAUGUUCGUGAAGAGUCCUACACAUCCUACAGACGAGAAGAGCAAGAGAUUCAAGUCAGCUCUGGUGACUGAGAUCAGCUUUGUCGAGUUUUAG